AUGAGCGCUUCAGUGAAGGAAACCAUCGUGAUAAAACCUGCACUGAAAGAAACUCCGUACCCAGCAGUGGGACAUAUCAAUCGGUCGAUGUCGAUUGAUACAUACGUAUAUUUGCCCAGAUUCGUGGGGCCCGGAUCGAACGUCACUGUGGCAGUGGGGAGGGACGCCGCCCUCACUUGCCGUGUCGAUAAUCUACAGACAUUUAAGGUGGCGUGGCUCCGAGUAGACACACAAACAAUAUUGACCAUAGCUGGUCAUGUAAUCACAAAGAAUCAUCGAGUGACGGUGAACCAUGGUGAUGGAGCGUGGACACUAGGCCUGAGAGACGUGAGCGAAGCUGACGGAGGUAGAUAUAUGUGUCAGGUCAAUACGGAGCCCAUGAUGAGUCAGACACAUUUGCUGCAGGUGGUAGUUCCGCCAGAUAUCAACGAUGAGAUCAGUAGUAGUGAAGUUUUAGUCAAAGAAGGAGAAAAUGCGGUGUUGAGAUGCGUCGCUUCAGGCACACCUGCACCUAUCAUAGCCUGGAGGAGGGAAGAUUCUAGACACUUUAAGAUUAAUAAUGGAACUUCUGGACACUAUGUUACCGACGACCUCAAGGACAAUAUGGACGUUGAACGCGAGCGCAGGGCACUGUCGGUGAGGGCGAACAUGCUGGCGCGCAGGUUUGCUCGUUGUACGGUGGAGGUGAAGGUCACUCUUUUCAGAGCAUACUGCACACCACUAUACUCGGGUGCCCUGUGGGCCAGCUAUACCCAAAACACGCUCAGAGCCCUGCGCACGCAAUACAAUAACGCCUUCAGGACGCUGUUGCGGCUGCCACGGUUUUGUAGUGCGUCUGCCAUGUUUGCUGAAGCCCGAGUGGAUAGCUUCAUGGCAGUUCUGCGCAAAAAAUCAGCUUCUCUGUUGAACAGAAUACGUGGCAGCAGUAACAGCCUCUUGAAAACAAUCGCGGGAAGAUGUACUAAGCACCACUUCAGCAUGUCUUCCCGAGGAUACCGUCAUACAUUGACGCUGCUUGUCAUCAAUAUAUCAAGAGACGAUGCGGGAGCAUACAGGUGCCAUGUCGAGAACAACCAAGGGAGAGCUCAAGCUGAACUGUUUUUGCACAUGUUGACGACGACUACUACGACAACGACUACAACGACAACCACAACAACUACAACCACCACUACGACCACAACUCCACCGGCCACUACCUUAUUACCUUAUGAUGUAGAAAGACACCUAGAGCAGCUCCAUCGAGGAGUUCUCGAAGACCCUGGGCUAGAAAACCCAUACAUCAUCCUUAGCCAACACCAAAUGCAGAAUCUUGAAAUGAUAACAACUAUGUGACCGGAGGCAGGGCGCGACGUCGCCCCUUGGAGUGAUCGCUGGCCGCCCAUUCACGAUAGCGCCCUCCGCAGACGACCUCUAAUCUGGAUUGUAUAUACUAUUCUCCUGAUUAUGGUUUUCAAUGCGUGACUGGAUUACCUGGACUAAAUACUUAGUAAAGUCAGACUGAACUGUGUAAAUGAACUUUUGUGAAGUUGAAAUUUAUGGUUGUUGAAGAAAUGUUAUAAAUUACUCGUUUAUUAUAUAUAUACUUAUGUGUAAUAUUGAUUAUUUCUCAUUGAAGCAAAAGAAUAAUAAAUAUAUUGAUCGUUCAGCACAACACAUGUGCUGAACGAGUAUCUAAUCAACAAUAGUUCAACUUGUUAAUAACCAUUUAAUUCACAAUUAAUUUAAAAUAAAUUCUUUUACGUCUAUUAAACUAAGUUAAAUUGAUACUGACAUUGUAAUUACUUUGAAUGUAAAUAUUAUUUAUUAUGUUAAUUUAAAAGAAUGUUAAAUUG